AUGCCUCCAGCAUCAGCAGCACAAGGAAUAAUCCCAAAUUUGGACCAAGGUGGGGGUUUAAGUUUGCUGCUGGGAACAGACUAUGAAAGGAGAAAACAGAGACUUCAGCAGGAGCUUCAUCUAGACUACAAACAGUAUCUCGAGAAGAAAAAGGAUCUAAAGACCGCUGAGCCUAAUUUACAACCCCAAGGCCUCUCCCUGCUUAUUGAUGAGAGAACAUCAGUUAAGGAAAAGCUGAAAGAGGAGAGAAAUAAGGAAUAUAAUCUCUUCCUUCAGGAACGGGCUCAAACUAAAGGGUUAAAGAGAGGAGCACCUUUGGUCACUUCAAAGGUUCAAGCUUCAGAUGGUGUGUGCAGAUCCUCUCCAUAUUAUCCUCCACCUACCAGCACAAAUGUCCACUUUGCUCACAGAGAGCGACCUGCAUCCAGGAGGGAUGCUGCCACUCUGACUGAAGCUGUGGAUAAUGGGAAAAGUCCAGGGAAUGGGGAUCCGCGCCAUCAGAGGCGAAGCCGUUGGAACCUGCCUAGACCAAAGGAGAUUUAUUAUAGCUCGGAGGAGGAGUUUAACACAGAUAAGGAGGAAGAGCUCAGUCACAGCAUGAGCCAAAAUGGGCACACUCAAAAGCCAGACUACAAAGAGGAGAAGAUAACCAGAGAGCACGGAGCAAAAAGAGGUUCUAUGGAUGAAAGGGAUGUGGAGGCCUCUGGUGUUCAUGAUCAGAACAUCAAUAACUGGGUUUGGAAGUCAAAAGGUCUGCAAAUGCAAGACGGUAUGAAAACUGCUGCAAGAUCUAGACCUCCUACCAGCAAGGAUGGAGCGGUAUUUGCUACAGGACUCAUGAUUGGAGCAACAGAAGAGCAAGAGGCAGCUCAGAUGAGAAAAGAACAUUAUAAACAAGAAUUACUGAAACAAAUUGCUGAACAUGAGAAAAACAAGAGAAAAGAGAAAGAACUCGAGCUGAAUGUUGCUGCCACUGGAAUCACAGACCCUGAGAAACAGCCUGACCGAAUCAAACAAUUUGGAGCUGUUCAUCAAACUUACCAAAAAUGGAGGCGGGAUGUCCCUUACAAGCCUGAAACUGAUGAUGAAGCCAAGGGAAAGGAUCCACAUCCAAAGCCUGACACAUUUCCUGAAGGCACAGGACAGAGAGGGCCUCCAAGACCCUCUCCAUCCUUGGACCUCAAGACAAGUCUCAAGCACAUGACAGGGAAGACUGGGCCUGAGACUGGAGCUGCACCAAGGGUCCUUCCUCUGGACCAUUUUGAUGAAGACUACAACAGGGAUGUGUCGAAUAUGCUAGGAGAGGUGACUGUGCAAAGGGUUGCUGGUGCGCAUCCUCCUGUACCCCCCACUUUACCCAAUACUUACAAGACUCCAUAUGAUGCAGCCUAUUACUACUACGGAACCAGGAACCCGUUAGAUCCCAAUCUUCCUUACAAUCAGAAUGACCUGCCUGGAGGAAUGCAGCAGUCUGAGAAUUUCCAAAACCAUCUUCAAAGACGACCUCCUCUCAAACCUAGUGGUCACACAGAUUCCACAGCAACUGAUCAGCAUGGAGCAUCUCUGCUGGCUGUUGGAGAGCUUUCUGGAGACAAGGCAAAGCAGAAGCGAGACAGUGCCCUGAGGUACCAAGAAGAACUCAGACAGCAGAUCAAAGAAAUAGAGGAGCGUAAAAGAAAAGAGAAAGAAGAGAAGGAGCUGCUUGAUGCCAAAAUAGAGGCUGAGAUGAUCGCGUACAGUCCAUGGGGUAGAAGCGGGGGAGGAGCUCCUAUUAAAGACCAAAGAGGAAACCUUAUUAGUGACCUGAAUCACAUGCAUAGGAUCAAUGAGGAGUCGUACAGGAACCCGAUGUCAAGGGAUCACAGUCAGAGACAGAACUUUGUGAUCAGGAAUGGACACACUACUGAAGUCGAAGCCAGGGCUCCUCUCCCCUCACAGCGAAAACCAGGUUUCACUAAGUCUGACCAACAGCAGCCUCAAGGGCAGGACAAUUACAAAGAAGAUCUUAGACAGCAGAUAGAAGAAAACAGGCGAAAGCAGGUAGAAGAGAGAGAACGCAACAGGAUUGAGGAGGAGAAGGAAGAGAAGAGGCUGGCAGAGCAAAGGGCUCGCAUUCUGCAGGAAUAUGAGGAGGAGCAAAGGAAGCAGAAGAAAAUUGAGCAUAGGCCCGAUCUGCAAGCUUGGGUCCAUAAGCAUAAUAAACAUCAUCGACAGGAUGAAAGAAAGGUGAAGAGAGAAGAGGAUAAUAGGACGAGGUUUCCUGAGGGAAACAUGGAGAACGAGUCUCCUAAGGUCGACAAGGCGAAGGUUGAGCUACAGGAAAAGAGAGGGCCUUCUCCUCCCAUCCCAACUUUGCAGAAGAAACAGACAAACACUGUGGCCUCCAAGCCGACCUCUGCUGUGAGCCAUGUCUCCUCUAGGACUGAACGUUCUGUGUCAGCGCCACAUAUUCGUCCAGUCCCUAUGCCCGAGCUGCAAGAUGGUCAACAGGAAGUGAUCAGAGAGCUGUCAACUCUCCGAAGAUACCUUAGAAAAGAGCAAAGACAACUGGAGGUUAAACUGGCCCAGACAGAUCAGCAGGAGACCCACUACACUCCACCCAACAGGCACAAAAGACAAGCUAAAGUGGAAGCUGUUGAAUUACUGCAAAAGGAAGCUGUCCAGCCUCCAACCAGGAGAUUUAAUUCUGCACACGCUGACAUGAAAAACAUCAGGGAGUUCAACCAACUUAAAUACAGAGAUACAGUAUCCCGUGAGGAGGUCCGUCACAUGUAUCCUGACCCUCCCACAGAUGCACAAAGUCUGGACAUCCAGCAGCAGGCUCUUCUUCGUGAACAGCAGCGCAGAAUCCAGCUUUUAAGAAGAAAAGAAGAGCAUGACAUAUUGGACCAACAACAGGGCCUCCCUCUUCCAAGGAACAAUGCUUGGCGCUACGCCCACAGAGACUCCAUAUUACCAUCUGAGACUGCUUUUAUUGGUGUUUACAGUGGUGAUGCAGGUGAAGACUUCAUUGAUCAGCAGAGGUCCCAUCAGCCCUUAGCAGAGCCCCGGGAGAGAACAGCCCAGCGGAGGAGACACAUCUAUGAUGAGGUGCCGGUUUCUGUGGAUCAGAUUGAACGUGACAUUCAGCCAGACACCAAGUCUCUGCAGCCUCAUACAAAUCUGAACCUCGAAGCUGAAGUCAGGCACAGACAGAGACGAGACUCUGGCACUGCUGAUCACAGACGCACGUCAGAGGGACAGUGUGAUGAUGAAGUGGAUGUCUUAUCUCUGCGUUCCACCCCUUCUGCCCUGGAGAGGCGUGUCUCCGUGGAGACUGUUGCCACAGAGCCUUGGCUGCGACCGGGCACAUCGAACGCUGUCAAGCACUCCGGCGAUAGACUGAGGCCAGGCAGGACUGAUGCUCCACCCUGGCUGACACACCGCAUCACAUAGCUUCCAUUAGCCAGUACCUGCUGGAAACUCACUGAGGCUAGCUCUUAGUUUACAAUAAAUGCAAUUUUUUAAGAGCAAAAUUUGUGGAUAUUGGUUAUAACAUUUCUAAAGCUUGUUAAACUCCAGCAUCAACUUAUGCCUGUUAGCUUAGAGAGAAACCAGUUCUUCACUGCGUCUUAUUGCACUUACUGACCCUCACUGUGCAUAACUGAUGCACCACAGAAGUAAUACAAAUUAUACUGUUUUAAUACAAUAU